AUGAUAGUCACGCGGGCCAUCUCGCUCACCAAUUUCCUCGUCGCCAGCUCAGCGCUAGGGUUCCAAGUGUUCGUCCUGUACCCGUGGCACAAGGAACUAGACGCCGGCUUCGAGGAGCUCAAGAAGGAGCAUCUCAAGGUCCUCAACGCCGUGGGGAGCAGCCUCAGCGAGCAGCAGCGGAGGGGCUUCAUGGACAAGCUCAACGACAUGAAGAGCCAGAGCGCCAAGAGGUGGUGGUUCUUCUAG